UCUCACCACACAGCACCUGCAGUUCACGAACAUCAUUGUAUUGUUUGAUUUUGUUCAUGAUGUGGUUUAGUAGGAUAGCGAUCAGGAGACUGCAGAGGAUUGGCGUUGAAUUUGCUCCGUGCACCGCUGCCGGAUUUCAGCGCGCGAUGUCCACGUUACCGAGAGUUUACGUGACGCGUCAAAUUCCGCCGGACGGACUGGACAUCCUCCGAAAAUCCGGACAGGUGCAGUUUGAGAUGUGGGACUCUGAUGACCCUGUGCCCCGAAAGGAGCUGCUGAAAAAGGUCAAAGGUUGCGAUGGGAUACUGUGUGUACUCACAGAGAAGAUCGAUGCAGAACUACUGGACGCCGCAGGUCCAAAUUUGAAAGUUCUCAGCACUAUGUCAGUGGGUUUCGAUCAUCUUUCUUUGGGUGAGCUCAAGAAAAGGCAAAUCCGUGUGGGAUAUACUCCAGAUGUCCUGACUGACGCUGUGGCUGAACUGACUGUUGCCCUGCUACUUACCACAUCACGAAGACUCAUCGAAGCCACCCAUGAGGCUAAAACGGGUGGCUGGGGUACAUGGAGAACUCUGUGGCUGUGUGGUUAUGAACUAGCAAACAGCACAGUUGGCAUCCUGGGACUUGGGAGGAUUGGUGUGGCCAUCGCAGAGCGCCUGAAGCCAUUUAAAGUAAAGAAGUUCAUUUACACAGAUGUGGUACCAAGACCUGAACUCGCAGAUAUGAUACAAGCAGAAUAUGUCUCUUUAGAUGAGUUGGCAAAACAGUCGGAUUUCCUGGCAGUGUGCUGUGCUUUGACUCCAGAGACUCAAGAGAUCUGUAAUAAGAAUCUAUUCGGUAAGAUGAAGAAAAACGCCAUCUUCAUCAACACAAGCAGAGGGGGUGUGGUUAAUCAGGAAGAUCUGUAUGAAGCACUGUCCACCGGUCAGAUCGCUGGAGCUGGGCUGGAUGUCACCACACCUGAACCACUGCCCACAAACCAUCCUCUUUUCACACUCAAAAACUGCGUGAUUCUUCCCCACAUUGCCAGCGCUUCCUACACCACCCGGAAUGCCAUGUCUGCACUUGCUGCCAACAACCUGCUAGCUGGCCUCAGAGGAGAACCUAUGCUUAAAGAACUUAAGCUUUAGAGCAAAACACCAAUAAAAUGUACACCUAACAAUGAA